AUAUAAGCAAGUUCGGCCUUGGUUGGGUUAUGGGUUUCAAUUUCUUUCCUGGUUGCUUUUUUAUUUUAUUUUAUUUAUUAUAUCUAUCAAAAUACCGAUAUACAAAUCUACCUAAUCGCUUACCCCCAUAUUUAUUUCGAACCCAUGUGCACUAGGCAUAGGUACAGUUGUUUAUUGGUUUCUGAGUUUUGACGAACCGGACAGUGAAACUGUAAGAAUUAAUAAAAUUCAGUUAAUAUUAGCAUAGAUAGAAAUUAGAACCUGCCCUAAUGUGGGUGUUGAAUUGGCAUGAAGUCAAUGGGGAGUGUUGCAUAGAAUCUUCUUGUAAAAAACCCGGAAGGGAGGCUUUCCUUCGUCAACAAGAAAAAGAAAACAAAAACUGCAAGGUUGACCUUGGUUUACUUAUGGGUUUCAGUUUCUUUCUAGGGUUACAAAUGAAGAAGAAGAUACAGGAUUAGAAAUUAAAAAAAGAAAAAAGAAAAAAAAAAGAAGCUAUGGCAGUGGCUUUCGUUGGAGGGGCUGCUCUUGGGGCAGCAUUUGGGUUGCUGUUUGAUGCGGUGAAAAAAAAUAAAGACAAAGCGGUGUCGUUCGAAUUCUACCUCGAAAGCAUCGCAUCCACUCUAAAGUCACUGGAACCUCUGAUCGAAGAGAUAGAAAAGGGUAACAGGAUUCUGGAUCUGCCACAUGGGAAAACAACAGCUUUUGAUAAAGAAAUGGAAGAGGGUAAGAAGCUAGUUCAAAAGUGCUCCGAGAUUGGUAAGUGUAAUUUUGUCAAAAAGAUUCGUUACACCUAUAAGCUGCAGAAAUUGGAUCGGACUCUUAGCAGGUUGUUUCAGUUGCUACAAGCUAAGUCAGCAAGGGAUGUGAAGGCCAUGAGAAUAAAGGUAGAGGAAAUGCACGCCGCAAUCAUGGUCAAUGGAGGCUACAACUCUGUGGGAGAUAAUAAUCAGAUUAUAUCAGCGAUUUCUUGUGAUGUACCUCCACUCCCGCCCGUCAUUGUCGGAUUGAAUGAGCCAUUGAAGUAUUUAAAGACCAAGCUUCUUGUCAAUGGUGAAUCCUCGCUUGUAGUGAGUGCUCCUGGAGGAUGUGGGAAAACCGUCUUGGCAAAAAUGUUCUGUCAUGAUGAUGAUGUCAAAGAGAAAUUCGAAAACAACAUCUUCUUUUUUUCUGUUUCAAAAACACCACCUAGCCUGUGUUAUAUAGUACGACAACUAUAUGAACAUAAGAAAAUUGAGGUGCCUGUCAUUGCAAACGAAACAGCUGCAAUCAACUUGUUGGAAGAAUUCAUGAAUCAAAUAGGACCAAGUCCUAUAUUGUUGGUAUUGGAUGAUGUUUGGCCUGAAACAGGGUCCCAUAUUGAGAAGCUUAUUUUGAAAAUACCAGGGUAUAAGAUUUUGGUGACAUCAAGAGAAAAAUUACCAAAAUUUGGCCCCCAAUACCCUCUAAGACCAUUGGAUGAUGAAGAUGCGAUGGCUCUUUUCAGACAUCACUGUCCGUCCUUGGAAGACGGAAGCUCUGACAUUCCAGAUCAUAUUGUGAAAGAGAUGGUGGAUUACUAUAAGGCAUUCCCCCUUGCACUUGAAAUCGCAGGUGGAUCAUUAAGUGGGAAACCUGCAGAGUUUUGGCAGAUAAGACUGAAAGAAUGUUCUAGUGUUUCCUCCAGAAUCAGUUCUGACAGUAAUAAGCUGCUUUCCUUCCUGCAAAGCAUCUUAAAUGAUUUAAAGUAUAUUUCCAGGGAGUGUUUCAUGGACCUUGGUUCAUUUCCUGAAGACCGAAGGAUCCCUGCUGCUGCCCUUAUUGACAUGUGGACAGAACUGUAUGACCUAGAAGAAGAUGUUAUGGCCAUUACGAACCUUUUUGACCUGACCAUCCGGAAUCUUGCAAAUCUUGUAGUCACAAGAAAGGAUGCAAAGGAGUUGGAUGGCUACUAUUGUGAACACUUUGUUACUCAGCAUGAUCUGCUUAGAGAUCUAGCUAUUGAUCAGGGCAACCAGGAGCAAAUAAGACGGAGGAGAAGACUGAUUAUGAACUUAAAUGGAGAUGAGCUUCCAAACUGGUUCAGAGAACAUUGUUUCAAGGGAAAAGAAUAUAUAAAGGAACCAUUUAGCGCUCACUUAUUGUCUAUUUCAACAGAUGAAAAUUUCUCAUCAAAUUGGUUCGACAUGCAACUACCUGAAGCCAAGGUUCUAAUUCUGAAUUUCCGGACAAAAGACUAUACCUUACCCAAGUUUGUGAAGAACAUGAAUAAACUAAAGGUUCUGGUUGUUACAAAUUAUAGUUACUUCCCUGCUGGAUUAAGUAAUUUUCAGUUGCUUGGUGCUUUGAAAAAUUUGAAGAGAAUAAGAUUGGAGCGCAUCUUAAUUACUUCCAUAAUCAAGACUCCUGUACGGUUGAAGAAUCUGCAGAAGAUAUCUUUGUUUAUGUGCAAUAUUGGUGAGGCAUUUAGCAAUUGUCCCAUCAAGAUUUCAGAAUUAUUGCCAAAAUUAAAGGAAAUGAAUGUGGACUUUUGUAAUGAUCUGGUGGAGCUUCCUGUUGAGCUUUGUGAUAUCAUUCACCUGAAGAGGCUAAGCAUCACGCACUGUCCUAAGCUGUCUGCACUGCCAAAAGAAAUCGGGAAGCUGGAAAAUCUAGAAGUGCUAAGGAUAAGGUCCUGUAUCGAUUUGCUUGAAUUGCCGGAAUCUAUCAGGAAUCUCUCAAAGUUAACCUUCAUUGAUAUAUCUGAUUGCAGCAGCAUUCAGAACUUGCCUGAACAUAUAGGCGAAUUACGCAAUUUAAAGAAGCUCAACAUGACAAACUGUUCAAGAUUGCAGGAUUUGCCACAAUCGGUUAUGGAGCUUCAGCAGUUGGAAGUUCUGAUAUGUGACGAAGAGAGAAAACAACUAUGGGAACCAUUUCUGCAUUGCCUCAACAACAUAGAGAUAAGGGUGACCAAAGAAGAUAUCAACCUAAACUGGCUUCCAAAAUUCAAAAGUUAAAGAAGGCUCAACAACAUCAAACACUGCCCUACAUUGCUUGCAGAAGCUGCCGUUAUCAAUCUAAGAAACUUGAGCACUUGAAAGUUCCAUUUUUUGAUGAAGAGAAAAGAGAGAGGUGAGGUCGAUCGAACAAGGAACAUAUAUCAACUUCAGUGAUUGUGUCAUAUUUUGUCGUUUGCUUCGUAUGCCUAAUUUGUAUUUAGACUUUAAAGAUUGAUUUUAUUUAUUUUGGUUCCCAUGUAUUGUUUUGUUACUAUUUUAUAAUGUUAUGAAAUCGAAUAGAAUGUGCUUGAAGUUCCAACAGUGGGCUUGGUUAA